AUGGAUUCUCAGUUAUCUCGUGUCUCUAAAAGUAGAAGAGUAUUGAAAAUUGUAUAUGAUGAUCCUGAUGCAACAGAUUCUUCAUCCGAUGAAAGAAAUAAUAUUAGUGUAGAUAAAAAAACAAUGAGGAAGAGAGUUGUGUAUGAAAUUGCAUUCCCUAAUAUUCAGAGUGAUCAAAGAGUUGAUAAUGGAUUGAACAAGAAUAAUAAGUGUGGAACACCAAAACAUGAAGUGAACAAGAAUAAUAAGAGUUGUGGAACACAAAAUGAAGCGGAACAACCUUCAUGCAAAUACAAAGGCGUUCGAAUGAGACAAUGGGGUCGAUAUUCAGCAGAAAUCCGCAAUCCGAAUACUGGUAAACGUAAUUGGCUUGGAACUUUCGACAAUGCAGAAGAGGCUUCUAAAGCUUAUGAAGCUAAAAGACAUGAAUUUGAAACUACAUACAAGAAUGGUUUGCGCAAAGGAAAGAGGAACAAGAGACUCAAAACAGUUUCUUUUGCUGAACCUUUGCGUAAAGGAAAGAGGAACAAGAGACUCAAAACAGUUUCUUUUGCUGAACCUUUGAUUGCUUCUUUGAAUGACUCCUCCAAGAGAGAGACCUCAAAUAUAUCUAUAUCUUCGCCUGAAUUGGUUAACAAUGUUGAAGUUUCAAGAGAUAAAACUAAUUCUUUAGAGAAAACAGACAUAGUGCAAGAACUGAAUGCUAUUACGAGUGUUAAUACUUCAUUGCAACUUGAGUCGAAUUGGUUAACACUUGAUGAAUCAGAGUUAGACUUGGUUGCUGGUGAUGAUCAUGGUUGCCUUGAUGACUUGAGUGAUAUUGAUAUUCCAUUUGAUUUUGAUUUUUUUGGUACUCAAUUUGCGGUUUAUCAUGGGAUUGAACAACCUCACAAAAGAAGUUCGGUUAAAGAACUUCCCAAAAUAUCCAAACAAAUUAAAGAAUCUCACAAUAAACGCGGACAAUAA